AUGCGGGAUGACAGGGAAUUAAUUUGCUGCAUGAACACAGUUCAGCAGCAAGUAAAGCAAUAUGGUGGCCGGGGAUUCUCAGGCGCGCCGGGGGGUGAAUUUGAGGCAAAGAUCACCUCAUCGGUGAUCAUUUCAUGCGUGAUGGCGGCGACCGGCGGGCUCAUGUUCGGUUACGACGUAGGCAUAUCGGGUGGUGUGACAUCGAUGCCGAGUUUUCUGAAAAAGUUUUUUCAUGCCGUAUACGAAAGAACCAUCGCAGAAAAGACGGGCCAAAACAGCAACUACUGCAAAUACGACAACCAAUACCUCCAGCUCUUCACGUCUUCUCUCUACCUUGCGGCCUUGGUGGCCACCAUGUUCGCCGGCAGCAUCAACCGUAAGGUCGGCCGCAAGCUCACCAUGUUUAUGGCGGCGUCAUCUUCAUCGUGGGAGCAGUCAUCAACGCUGCCGCCAUCAACAUCG